GAGUUUGCUUCUCGUGAUAUCACUUACAGACACCAAAGUUAAAUUGCUGAGGUCCGAUUAUGGACGAUGUUGUUGAUGUCCCCGAGUACUUCAAGUGUCCCAUUUCUCUGCGACUGAUGAGAGACCCGGUGACUGCCGUCACUGGCAUCACGUACGACAGAGAGAGCAUCAAGCAUUGGCUUCUCGAUGGCAAGAACUCGACCUGCCCUGUCAUGAAGCAGCCGUUGACGAAGGACUCCGACCUGACCCCGAACCACACCCUCCGCAGGCUGAUCCAGUCGUGGUGUGAUGAGAAUGCCUCUCGGGGCAUCGACCGCCUUCCCAACCAGAGAACGCCCCUUGACAGGUCCUGCUUGCUUAAACUCAUCAGAGACAUCCGAUGCCAUCGAUCGGAGAUCGAGACCCUUAGACGCAUUGAUAUGCUUGCGGUAGAGAACGAGCGAAAUAGAAAUCUUAUGAUAGAGGUUGGGGUGCCCAAGGCUAUAAUAUCCUACGUUGCAAAUUGUUGCGACGAAAACCGGACCAUUGGUCUUGAGGAAGCUUUGCACAUACUAGUACUACUUCGAGUCCCAUCCGCACCCGGGAACCUACUCAUCGGCCAAAACGAUCGGAUCAUCAAAACGCUGACUUGGGUUUUAGGUUGUGAAGUAGACAAUUGCGUGGCAGUGAGAUCACACACGCUUAUAGUCCUCGAGAGGAUGUUCAAAGCGGCGAGCUCCUCAGUGCUAGAAAGAUUGAAAAGCGAGUUCUUCCAAACAAUCAUCCGUCUCCUAAGGAACGGCAUCACUCAACAGGCGGUAAAUGCGUCGCUCCAUAUAUUGCUAGACUCGUGCCCAUGGGUGAGAAACCGUGCCAUGAUGGUGGAGCACGGCGCCGUGUUCGAGCUCAUCGAGCUGGAACUAGGGUUCCCGGAGAAGAAAACCACUGAGCUAAUCCUGGGAGUCUUGUUCCACCUAUGCUCUUGUGCCGACGGGAGGGCUCAGUUCAUGGGCCACAGAUGCGGUAUCGCCGUGGUCUCGGAGAGGAUUCUGAACGUCUCGCAAUCCGCGGACGAGUGCGCCGUCUUCAUUCUUUCAAUGCUGAGCAAGUUUUCGGAUUCGAUGUUUGUUCGGGAGAUGCUAAUGGUCAGAGCUGUGUCGAAGCUUGGCUUGUUGUUACAAGCGGAUUGCGCGUACUUGAAAGACAAAGCUCGAGAGAUACUUAAGACGCACUUCGAUGAAUGGAGGAAGUGUCCUUGCAUAGAUGAUACGCUCUUCACUAGGGGUGCGAGGUGAGUGCACGAUUUCCCUUUUCCCAUUUUCUAUGGGAUUUUUGGGGCCAUUGGAGAGUGUAUGAAUAAACUAAAAAUGUGGUUUCUUUGUCACUCAAGUGUCGAUUUUGCGAAUAUGGGAGAAAAGCGUUGAUAUUUCUUGCAGUGUAUCAGCCGAGAAAAAUAAAAAUAAAUGACGAUCUUUUUCAUACUAGUUGCAACU